AUGGAGAGCGUUACUGGGAUCCCGAUCUCCGUCGUCCUCCUCGCCAGCAGUCUCAUCGGCCUCUUCAUUGUGGGAAGAAUCAUCCAGUUCAACCGGUUGAGGACCUUCAAAGGCCCCUUCUUGACUCAUUUCACCAAUCUGCCGCACAGGAAGGCUCUUUUCAAGGAGAGAUGCCACGAGUGGUAUGCGGAGGUUUGUGAAACAUACGGCCCGAUAGCAAGAGUUGCACCAAACCUCCUGAUUACGUCCGACCCGGAUGUGUGGAUUCAUGUAAACAACAAGCCCGGAUACAAGCGCUCCGAUUGGUAUUACACUGCCUGCCGCCUCGAGUAUGGGCGUGACAAUGUCUUUUCGCAGACGGACAACAAGAAGCAUGAGCAGAGGAGGAAGCAGAUGGCUCCAGGGUAUUCCGGAAGAGAAAACCUCGACUUGGAAAUCGCCAUCGAUCAGUGUGUCCAGGAAUUCCUCGACUUGAUCAGAUCCAAGUAUGUCUCCACAGACGCCAAGAUCGUGCCCGUGGACAUGGCCAAGAAGGUCCAGUACUUCGCCCUGGACGUCAUCAGCGGCGUUGGCCUGGGCAAGACCUUUGGCAUGCUGAAGAACGACACCGACGUCGAGGGCUAUCUCCAGUCUGCCGAGGAGGGCCUCCGCAUCGCCAACUUCUCGCUCGCCAUAGGCCUCAGCUGGAUCGCGCAGGCGCCCGUCAUCGGCCGCUUCAUUGCCCCCUCAGAAAAGACCCAAAACGGCUUCGGCAGGAUGAUUGCAACCUGCUUCCGCUAUGUCGACGAGCGUGAGGCAAACCCGACAGACAAGCGGUCCGAUAUGCUCGCAUCCUUUAUCCGCCACGGCAUCCACGGCGCCGACCUAAAGACUGAGGCCCUUGAACAGAUUGUCGCUGGCUCUGACACCACAUCGUCUGCCAUUCGCAUCAUCCUCCUGCACAUCAUCACGAACCCGCGUGUAUACGCAAAGCUUCAAAGGGAGAUUGAUGAAGCAGUCCAGACUGGAAAAGCACCCCGCGAGGGCGCCAUCAUCACUCACAGCCAGACAAAGCAGCUCCCCUAUCUCCAGGCCACCAUCCGCGAAGCCAUGAGAGUCAUGCCACCCGUCGCCAACAUCUUCUCGCGAGACAUUCCGCCCCAGGGCGAUACCGUCAAGAUCAAGGGCCAGGAGGUCUUUCUGCCGGGAGGCGCCAAUAUCGGAUAUUCCGCGUAUGCAAUGCACCGCAGCCCCGAGAUUUACGGCGAAGAUGCCAAGGCCUUCCGUCCAGAGCGCUGGUUCGAGGAGGAUCAGGACAAGCUCGCCGUCAUGCUUCGCACCAACGAGCUGAUUUUCGGGCACGGCAAGUAUCAGUGCCUGGGUAAGCCUGUUGCUCAGAUUGAGAUUGGCAAGGUUAUAUUUGAGCUGCUGCGAUAUUUUGACAUUGCCGUGAUGCAACCGGACAAGCCCUGGCACGCUGAGAACGCCCUCGGGCUGUUUCACAUCAAGGACAUGUGGGUGCAGGUGAUGGAGAGAGCGCGGGAGAACUAG